AUGUCCUCCCAAACAACCCUAACCAGCACCCUCCCCCUCAACAACACCAUCCCCAUCCCCCGUCUCCACCUCGGCGUCUACCAAGUCUCCGGCCGCGCCUGCUCCUCCGCCGUAACCUUCGCGCUCGAAGCCGGCUACCGCGCCAUCGACUCCGCAGAGUGGUACGGGAAUGAGAAGGAGGUCGGCGACUCAAUUAACGCGUUUUUGGAGAAACAUGGCGAGGUGAAGAGGGAGGAUGUGUGGUUCACGACGAAGCUGCAGAAUAAUGUGGGGUAUGAGGAUACGAGGAGGAAGAUUAAGGCGAGUGUGAAGAGGUGUGGGCUUGGGUAUGUGGAUUUGUAUUUAUUGCAUAGUCCGAUUGGGGGGACGAGGAAGAGGUUGGAGUGUUGGCGCGCGGUGGGGGAUGCGAUUGAGGAGGGGGAGGUGAGGGCGGGGGGUGUGAGUAAUUUUGGGGUUAGGCAUUUGCAAGAACUCCUGGAUUCGAACCCAAAAGUCAAACCCGCUGUAAACCAAAUCGAAGUCCACCCUUUCAAUACCCAGACCGCAAUUACCGAUCUCUGCAAGAAGAACGAUAUUAUUGUAGAGGCCUACGCGCCUCUCGCUCGUGCGAUGCGAGCGAAACAUCCAAAGGUCGUGGAAUUGUCGAAGAAAUAUAAUUGUACGUGGGCGCAGUUGCUCAUAAAAUGGAGCUUGCAGAAUGGCUUUGUGCCAUUGCCUAAGAGUGUUAAACAGGAGAGAGUCGUUUCGAAUGCGGACGUUGAUGGGUUUUCGAUUGAGGAAGCGGAUCUGCAAGCGCUUCGUGCUUUGGAUGAGCAUUUGGUGACCGAUUGGGAUCCUACAGACGUCGAUUAG